AUAAAUUUGCCACUAUGAACUAUUUCGGGAUUUGUCUGCAGCUUGUUUGGUGAUCCUUGAAAUGUGAGUAUGGUUCAUUUCUGGGAAAUUAAGCAAAAUUAGAGAAAAACCAUAGGAGGGAAGAAGCAAUGACAAUGAUGGGGAUCAAAAAGAAGAAAAAGAGGGGAUGGUUACCAUUUUUGGCAAGAGAACAAUGGUGAUGGAGGGAUAUUGAGGAGGAAGUUGGGGAGAGAGAGACGUGUUGGAGAAAUGGCGAAGGAGGACGCGAGGACAAAAGGAGGAGGAUGUAUCAUCGGGCAAGGACAAUCUUCGUAAAUGUCUCAUGGAUUUCAAACGGGGAGAACAAUUUUCGGAUUUUAGCCCACAUUUUCUAUUGAUUGGUUAUAUUGUUUUCAAUGUCUAGUGGCGCAAUUUGUUGUACGUUUGCUUUCUAUUUCGAUGUAUAAGACAAUCACGAUAAAGCCAAGAGCUUCAAACUUGUUGAAGGAUGAACUUUAACAAAUUUAUGGUAUAUAAACUCCCAGGGAGGAGGAGGCGAGGAGCUUGUUUCUCAGUUCAAUUGACUUCUCAUGUCGGGACGGAAUUAUGCACCGCCGGAUGCAUUCACGCUCCGCCGCCCCGGCGAUCAUCGGGGCGUCCACCGCCUCCCGCCACCCGAAUCGCGACGCCGACUUCCUGCCGCCGUAUUGGAGGACCGCAUCGCCGAUCAGCACCACCAAAUCCAAGGCCUCAUCCUCGAGAACCAGCGAUUCGCCACCGCGCACGUCGCCCUCAAGCGGCAGCUUGCCGGUGUCCAGCAGGACCUCCAGCACCUGACCGCUAGCGCAUCCACCAUCAAGGCGGAGUGCGAUGUGGAGGUGCGCCAUGUGUAUGAGAAUUCAAUUCGAACGAAUGCCGAGAUCCGCGGGAUGGAGGGAGUCGGUGCCGAGCUCGCGCAGGUGAAUGAUGAUAUUGGGAAAAUGAGUGUAGACCGGGAAGAGCUUUGCGCAAAAUUGAAGGAGGUUGAAGAUCAGCUCGCUAAGCUUGAGCCGGAAUUAAAUCAGGUGAAGGAGAUUAAAGGUGGCAUUGCUACAAUGCGGAAGGAGGUCCAAAAAGGAAGGGCUGCUGUUGAGUACGAAAAGAAGAUGCAAAUUAUUAAUCAUGAACAGAGCCAGAUAAUGGAGAAAAAUAUCAAGUCUAUGAGUAGUGAAAUUGAAAAGUUGCGUACUGAACUAGCCGAUGCGGAGAACAGGGCAAGGGCAGUUGCUGCUCUUGCAACACCAAGCCCAGCAUAUCCAACAGGUUAUGGAGCUCCUGCAAUUGGUUAUGGUGGAAACAUGUAUCCCAACCCUUAUGCUUUACAGCAGGUUCAGCCUAAUGCUGCCAGUGGAUAUGGUGGCGGAGUACAUUACAAUCCAUUUCCUUAAUCCUUGUGAUAUGCAGCAACAACCGAACAUUUCAUAGAUGGAUCGUCUGCACUCCACACAGAAUGGUUCUGGGGUAGAGCAUCGCCACCGCCUUUACAGCAUAGAAGAAGCAGAGUGAAGAGACUACUGUAAUUGUUGCCCCCGCAAGGACGCAUACAACAAGUCACAAGCAAGCCAAACGAGGAAGGGAAGUAGCAGAUUGAGGAGGCAGCGUUGUUCUUCGUCGUCUUUUUUUAUCCUCUGCAUAUCCUCGGUGUGCUUUUCUUCUAGUUCACUUCAUGUUGCCGUCUUAACGUACUCUUUUAGGAACAUAAGAAUCAUAUGACGAUUGUUGUUGUUCAAUUGAUUCUUUACCCAUACUAUUCAUGUGGUCAAAUUAUUUUACUCGGUAACUCGGGUAUCUUUUAUAUAUAUACACUUUCAUCUAAAAUAAUGCAGUCAUGACACU